GACAUCCCGCCCCUCCAACCGACCAACGCCAUCAAUUUUCCCCCGCAGCCUCACACGGCCUAGAAUCAGUUACCGACCAGCUGUGCAGAAACGAGCAGAUGGAAGGUCCCGAUGCAGAAGGAGGUUUAUGUUUUUCUGGGUUGUCUUGCCCCUGGCAGGGGGCAGGCUGCCUUUGAUUAUGCAAACCAUUCCUUUAGCUAAACAGGUUCCAUAUCGAUGAGCCGACAUCGGGUCAGAAGGAUCAUCUAUGACAGCACACGUUGGACCUGCACAAUGCAUUCCGGAACUGGUCUGCACCAAAACUACGUGUCUUGACGAGCAGCCUAGGUUCGUAUAAACCCGUGUGUCGCCAUCCAACUCCUGCAUUCUGCAGUCUCACCCAAUCCUUUGCCUUUGUUUUCGCUGUCGGGAAUCUUCGCUUCAGCCAUGCAUCUCAGAUCAACAAUCCUCGCUGGCCUCGGCCUCCUGGUGUCCGCCACUCUCGGCGCACACCUGCCCCCUAUGUCACGGGCCAUUGACAAGCCGCGAUGUUUAGUAGAGGACAAUCUCCCCCAGCGAAGAGGUGCAAGACCUCUACGAGAUUACGUUCCCACUGCUGAGACCAUCGUCGUCAAGACGUACGUGCACAUUAUUGCACGCGACAAGACUGUGGCAGGUGGAUGGGUCACUCAAGAGACACUGGACGAGCAGAUGCGCCUUCUAAACACCACCUACGCCGGCACGGGUUUCCAGUUCAACUGGAUCCGCAACGAGACGACGCGCACCGUCAACGUCUCUUGGACGCAGUUCCCUUCGGACUGGAACAACUACUUCCCCGAAGUGUCGCAGUGGGAGGUGAACUGGAAGCGACAGCUCCGCAAGGGCGGCGACGACCUCAGGGUGCUCAACCUCUACUUCAACGUCGGGCUGCCGGCCGCCGGCGUCGCCGUCCUGAUCGACCAGCAAGGGGAGCUCGACGACUUCCGCAUCUUUGACGGCGCCAUCAUCGACCCCAGCACCAUGCCCGGCGGGCCGGACCCGCUCAUCAACGAGGGCAAGACCGUGACCCACGAGGUCGGUCACUGGGUGGGCCUGUACCACACCUUCCAGGGCGGAUGUGCCGAUCAGGACCUGGUCGAGGACACCCCGCCCGCGCGUGCUCCGGCGGGAGGGUUUUCGUUUUGCGACCGGGCUUACAACACCUGCGCCGACUCGCUCGGGCCCAACGGGACCGACGCUCCGGAUCCAAACGACAAUUACAUGAGCUACUCGACGGAUCCGUGCAUGGCCAGGUUCACGACAGGGCAGAUGUGA